AUGAUGGGAGACACUCGAGAUGGACCUUACAAACCUCGAAAAAGUGGUCCCAAUGCAGCGCGCGCAACAAAGCUUCCACCAAGCAUUCGCGGGGCUUUACUUUCCCCGUCCAAGCUCAUCUUCAACCACCCAACAACCUCACCACCCCUCAUCGCUCUCAAGCUCCCUUGUAUUCGCGCAGCAUCGCAUAAUUUCUCUCACCGACCAGAGCAGCCCGCGCGCGACGACGCGCCCGCGUCCACAGCCAUGGCCACGGGCGACGGCCCUCCGCUGUCCAUGCGGCCCUUUCCCGUCGCCGACAAGAGCCCCAAGAGCCUCGCCGACUUUAUCUCGCGCGUCAAUGCGCUGCCGGGGGGAUUUCGCUCCGUCACGGAGACGAGCUUGGGGGAGGAGCUCGACGCGCGCCGCCGCCGCGACGGGACUACCACCGGCGGCGGCGAAGAGGACGCUGCGCAGGACGACGACGUAGACAUGUCGGAUGACGCCAACGCCGAGGAUGAGGAAGACGGUGAUGAGGACACUGCCGCAAAGGACCCAAUGACUGCGCGCAUGGAAGUUCUCAAGAAUAUAGACAUCGCAAGCAACACGGCCAUGCUCACGCUCGACUCGCUCUCGCUCCUCCUAUCCAAACACAACCCGACGCAGGCCAGCCUCACGCUGAGCCAGCAGCUCCGCGAGCUCGUCGGCAUCGGCACCAUGGGCGCGGACCGUCUCGACGACGCCAACACGACGCCGGCCAAGACGCGCGACUGCGAGGCCGUGGCCAUGGGCUGGACGCUCAUGGAGAUUUCCCGCACGCGCGACGCCGCCGAGGACGCCGCCGCCUUUCUUGGCGCGGAAAUGGCAGCCGAGGGCCGCUACUGGGAGGGCGUCAUGGGCGUGCGCCAGGCUGGCUGGUCCGUCUGCCGCGUCCCAGGUGGUGGUGGUGGUGGUGGCAGCGGCAGCGGCAGCGACGCCCACGCCCCGGGUCUCGGCGUGCGCUUUGGCUUCUCCGAGGCCGCGCCCGAGUUUCAGCGUAAUGGCCUCGCGCCUAUUCGUCGCGGCGAUGAUGGCGUUCCCUGGCUUGACAUGGGCCGGCUCGGCGGCACCCCGGAGCGUCUGGUUGUCACGUAUGAACGCGGCGGAAAGGUCGUUGGCCGCGCCGCAUCGCAGGAGCUACACGACGAUGACGACGACGAUGAGGCGGGUAGUUUGCAGGCUCGUGUGCUCGGCGCUCGCAACACCAUUUUUGCGCAGGAGCUCUGGCACGAGCUGACGCGCGAGGCGCGGUUGCUCGCCGCGUACGACGUGCACCCGGACGACGAGAAGCGGCUCGUGUGCGCCGUCGACGCCGACGCCCGCAUCAUUGUCGAGCUGCUUCCCGCGUCAACCACGGCCGCGCAGUCUCGGCCCGAUACCCACGACGACGACGACGAGAACCUGCCGGAAAACACUACCGCCGAGGCCAUUUCCCUCGCGCUCCACAUCCUCCUCACCUACGCCCACCGCUGCAACGAGCUGCUGCGCAUCCGCCCGCUGCCGCCGCACGUCCCGCGCACACGCGGCCAGCACGUCCACACGCUUCUCCGCCCCAUCAUUGCGCGGCUCCUGUACGCCCGCAGCGCCCGCUCGGCCACGCAGCUCGUCGGCAACCUCGUGCAGACGCUCCGCCGCGCCGGCAUCACCGACUCGUCAUUUACCCUCUGCACGCCGCAGCCGACAGUGGCUGACUUUGCCGCCGCCAACACUGGGCCUAAUCAGCCGUCCGCUGCCGUUAGUCUCGUCCGGCACAUGCUGCAGCCGACUGACUUUGCUCUCGACGUCACGCUGCUCCCCAGCGGCGGCGGCGGCGGUGGCGGCGACGAUGGCGACGACGACCAAGGGGUGUCCUUUACCGUCCGCGGCCGCACGUAUCUCGUGCCCGUCACCGCUACAUACUACCACGUGCUGGCGCCCGCCGGUGCCGCCGUGCACGCCCUCUGCGCGCCGUAUCCCGACGGCUACCCGGACCUUGCCGCCUUGGCCGACUACCUGUGCGUUGUCGCCGCGCGGGCCCUCGCCGCGCAUUACCUGCGUAAGCGCAGGGCGGCGACUGCUACUGCUGCUGCUGCUGCUGCUACUGCUGCUGCUACUGCUACUGCUGGCGACUUGGAGGAAGAGGAGGACAAGGACAAGGGGCAGCAGACGUGGGUGCUUGGCGCGCUUGGCACGCGUAUACGCCAUGCGCGGGAUAUCGACAGGCCGCAGCUCGAGUUUGUGGUUGAGAGGGAUACAGCAGCGACGGAGGGCGGGGAUGGCGGCGCGGCUGCGCUGCUGCGGCUUACGGUGUCGACGGACGGGCAAUCCUGGACGUGGACGUCCAGCAGCGACAACUCGGCCAAGGAGACGCUGGAAGCCGUGGUUGACAAGUUAUAA